AUGUCAGCAGCUUAUGUCAGAUCGUCAACCGAUGCUCUCAGUGAUCCAUCUCAUAAAUUUGAAUCCAUGGAUUCUUCAUCGAAAUGGUCUGAUAAGAAGAAAGAAGCUUCACUUACUCUUGCUAAAAUCCGCAAUCGAAUUCAUUCAUUAGCUAAAUCAAUAUACAAACCAGGUAUUCACAGUGUAUGCCAUAUGAUUGCCGCCGGAUUUGAGUAUACAGGUGUUGGAGACGCAGCUCGUUGUAAGGACUGCGGACUUGAGGUAUCCAACUGGACGUUAGAUAUGAAUCCAUUUAUCAUUCAUUCGAAACGUCAACCGGAUUGCCCAUUCGUUUGCUCUAUAGCUACAUCUUCAUUAUCAAAUAUACCUGCUUCUUUCACCUCGCCAGCAACUACUACUGUUCGAAAUACAACGACUCUCAAUGAACAAGAAAAUCCUUUUAAACGCCAAAAGAUCGAACCGAUGGAUUCAGAAUCUCCCUCAAAUACUUUACUUGAAACAGAUUUACUUCAGCAAGUGCGAAGACGUACCUUUUCUCAUUGGCCACAUCGUACCAUUCCAUCAAGUUCACAAAUGAUUGAAGCUGGAUUUUUUAAUUGCAAUGUUGGUGAUCGAGUGAUAUGCAUUUAUUGUAAUCUUAUUUGUCAACAAUGGACACCACAUACAGAUGAUCCAUGUGAAGUACAUAAAACACUUUCAUUUACUUGUAUAUAUGUCAAAGCAAAAUUGAUGCGUCCUGCUGCUUCAUCUAUAGUUAUUGUGAAUGAAGGUUCAACAAGUGCCAUUUCUAGCGGUCGUUCACCAACAGCCAGUAAUCUCGGUCCAUUAAGAUCCAAUGAUAUUGUAUUUACAGCUUCAUGUAAUCCAGCUUAUUCAGAAAUACCAAAACGUCAUGCAUCGUUUGCAACCUGGCCAAAUGAAGAUUUACCAUCAGUAGAUGAUUUAGUUCGAGCAGGAUUUUUCUAUACUGGUACAAAAACUAUUGUUACCUGUUUUUAUUGUAAUGGAUCAUUACAAAAUUGGGGUCCAAAUGAUAAUCCAAUGAUUGAACAUGCUCGUUGGUUUCCACAUUGUGCAUAUGCUCGACAGUUAUGUGGUGAUGAUUUAUAUCGUAAAAUUCAAGAAUCGAAACGAGCACAACAAGAACGUGCUAGAGCUAAUGAAGUAAAAGAAAGAGCAGGUUCCAGUGAUCCAGUGAAUACUAAUCUAAAUACAAAUAGUCGGCAAUUAUUGAUACCUGAUGAAAGUACUUUAUCGAGACUUGUUGCUGCUCGAUUAGAUUUACCUAUAUCCCAACGUUUAUUAGAUCAAAAUUUCAAAUUAUCUAUUAUUAAACGAUGUUGGGAAGAUCAAUUAAGAAUAAAACACGACGAUUUUGUAUCUGAAUGUGAUUUGUUCAUAGCUUGCUUAAUUCUUCAAAAACAAAUUGAACAUAUUGACGCACGAAUGCAAGAACAAACAACAUUAACAACAUCUAAUGCAACUCAAUCAGUAGCGAAUCCUACAGAUGUUGAAAUGACUACAUCAUCUCAAUCAUUAACAAAUGAAUCAACAUCUUCUCAAUCGUCGAUUGAUUCAACAUCAAGAUUAACAACCAGUGGUAAUGAACAUGAAACAAAAACAAUUAAGCAAACAAGUACUGCUAAUGAACGAAAUCAAUCAACGAAUGCGACACCAUCCAAUCCAUGUGUUCUCUGCUUGACGGAAGAAAAACGAUUAGCUUGCAUACCAUGUGGACACAUGGCAACAUGUGUCGCAUGUGGUCACUCAUUACGAUCGUGUCCAAUAUGUCGAAGAGAAAUUGAAGCAUUCGUUCGAAUUUACAUCUAA